AUGAAGUCGUUCACUACCUCGGCAGCGCUGCUGCUUCCGGCAGCCCAGGUCGCCAUGGCCGCCUUCGCCGACGACUGCGCCAACUUCGCAAAGUCAUUCGCCUACGAGAACACCACCGUCUGGUUCACCAACGUCGAGCCCGCAGGCGCCAACCUGACCUUCCCCGAGCGCCACCCGACCUGCUCUGGCACCAGCCAGGUUGUCGAUGUCGAGCUCUGCCGUGUCUCGAUGCUGGUCACCACUGGCGCUACCAGCAACAUCAGUCUCGAGGCCUGGCUCCCUUCCAACUGGACAGGCCGCUUCCUGAGCACCGGCAACGGAGGAACCGGCGGCUGCAUCCAGUACGAGGACAUGGCCUAUGCCACCUCCCGCGGUUUCGCGACUGUUGGUGCAAACAACGGCCACAACGGAACCGUUGGCGAGCCUUUCUACAACAACCCCGGCGUCAUCGAGGACUUUGCCUACCGCUCCCUUCACACCGGCGUCGUUGUCGGCAAGAACGUGACCAAGGCCUUUUACGGCAAGGAGCACACCAGAUCUUACUACCUUGGAUGCUCCACGGGUGGAAGACAGGGCUUCAAGGAGGCCCAGGACUUUCCUGACGACUUCGACGGUAUCGUGGCUGGCGCCCCCGCCUUCUCCUUCAACAACCUCACCUCCUGGAGCGGCCACUUCCUCCUGGCCACCGGCACCGAGGGCUCUCCCACGUUCCUCUCCAAGGACCAGUGGGCUCUCGUUGUUAAGGACGUCUUGACCCAGUGCGACGGUCUCGACGGACACGUCGACGGCAUCAUCGAGGACCCCGACCUGUGCCAGUACCGCCCUGAGUCCCUCAUCUGCGGCGCCGGCAACUCCACCAACUGCCUGACCGGCACCCAAGCCGAGACCGUCCGCUCCGUCUUCUCCGACGUCUACGGCGUCGACGGCUCCCUCGUCUACCCCCGCCUCCAGCCCGGCGCCGACGCGACCAACAUCCUCCUCACCGGCACCGCCUUCCCCUACACUAGAGACUGGUUCCGCUACGUCGUCUACAACGACCCCAACUGGGACCCCGCCACCCUGACCGUCAAGGACAUGGCCUACUCCUCCGACCUGAACCCCUUCGACAUCGCCACCUGGAAGGGCGACCUCUCCGGCGUCAAAGACCGCGGCACCAAGAUCCUUCACUACCACGGCCUCCAGGACCCCAUCAUCAGCAGCGACAACUCCGCCCGCUACUACAACCACGUCUCGCGCACCAUGGGCCUCACCUCCGCGCAGCUCGAUGAGUUCUACCGCUACUUCCGCAUCUCGGGCAUGAACCACUGCAGCGGCGGCCCCGGUGCGACCUUCAUCGGCAACAAGCCCGCCGCUGUUGCGGGCUACGAGGCGGAGGGCAACGUGCUGUCUGCCAUUGUUCACUGGGUCGAGGACGGCAUCGCCCCCGAGUCGAUCCUCGGAACCGCGUACGUCAACGGUACUAAGGAUGCGGGCGUUGCGUUCACGAGGAAGCACUGCAAGUACCCUACUCGCAACGUCUACUCGGGCUCUGGAGACCCCAAUAUCCCUGAGAGCUGGAACUGCGUUUAA